AUGGCUAGUAAAGGAAAGUUGUGCUUCAUUGUCUCGUCGAUCUUCAUCCUGCGUUUUGCUCAAGCAGAAAUAUGCUACUCGAACUUCACCACCAAGAUAAAUGGUGCCUUGUAUCCGCUUGAUCCAUACGGUUUGAGUGGCCGCUACGCUGGUUUAUGGUCAAAUUAUAGCAACAUAGAUAUCAGCCAGGGCAUGAGUUACCAGGUGUGGAUGCUGAGUUAUAACGCUGAAACGCCAAAAUCGUUUUUCCUGGCACCCAUUGCCAUCCGCAAUCCAAGUGAGUAUUGGGAUCUCACUAAACCGGUCAUCCUGUGGAAGGCCCGACAGACGAGGCUUGUAGGUGAGAAUGCCACUUUACAAUUUACCGCAGAUGGAGAGCUUAAAAUCGAAGACGAUGAUGUUGUAUGCGACGAACCUUCUGAUACUGUGCUGUUGCAACGAGCACUUACGCCGGGACAAAAGCUCGUAAGUUGGAAUACUUCAGAAGACAGCAGCGAUGGCCUCUAUAGUCUCGUCAUAGAGAAUAACAGGCUGCAACUGUUGUACGCCUCGCAACCAUACUGGAGCUUCGGUAAUAUUACCAGCGAGGAAGAUAUGUUUGCGGUGUUCUGCUGGCAAAACGAUGGUAACGUGUCUCUGGAUCUGCGAGCCAACUUCUCACAGAUUGAAACGAAGCGUGAUGACUUGGGGUUGGUGUUUUCCUUGUCAUGUUCCAGUCGAGGUUUAAAAGACCAAGUGAUGGAGUUGCCAAUAAAUGGGUCAAAACUCACGGCCUCCACUUUCAUAAAGCUGAAACCGGACGGGGAUGUCGUCUUGUACUCCUGGAAUUGGACGGGUACAAACUGGAUAGAUUUCUUCAGGUUUUCGACUCUCUUCAAGUGCUUUCUUCCAAGUGGAUGUGGAAGAUACAGAACCUGCAAUUCAGCAUCAGGCGCAUGCGAGGAAACUUGUCCAGAUACCUUUGCAAGAAGAGGUGAAGACUGCCAGCCACCAUAUCCACUAGAGACAUGCGAAGACCAGCUCGAGUAUCGAUUCGUUCGAAGAGAGGGAGCUGAUUACUUCUCCACAAAUUAUUCCACUCCAGUUCCUGAAGCAUCAGUGGACGCGUGUCAGGGGCGCUGUGAGUCGAACUGCACCUGCACGGCGGCCUUUUAUGAUGACGGGAGCUGCUUUCUCACGCACGGCGACGUGCAGUCACUCCGAUCUGGGAAGUACGUUGCUCUGCUGAAAGUUGCCCGCCCUCGAAAGAUUUCCAAGACGCAACUCCAGGCCAUCACGUUGGGAGUACUUGUUCCAACAAUGUUCCUGCUGAUAGUCUGUCUCGGAUGGCACUGCCGGAGGAGAAAUAAGCAUGAUGACGACGAGGGAGAAGAAGAAAGCACCUUGCAGCUAUCCCUCAUGGCGGGUAUGCCCAGGCGCUUCAGUUUCCAGGAGCUUGAAGAAGUCACAGGGAAGUUCAGCAACUGCCUCGGGAAUGGAGGAUUCGGAAGCGUUUUCAAAGGAUUACUUGCCGAUGGAACUGAAGUUGCUGUGAAGAAGCUCGAAGGGUCGAACCAGAGAAGUAAGGACUUUUUUGCGGAAGUUGGAAUUCUAGCCAGGACGCACCACUGGAACCUCGUCAAGCUGCUGGGAUUCUGUGCGCAAGGACCCAGGAAAAGGCUCCUUGUGUACGAGUAUAUGAAGAAUGGCUCUCUAGAGCAGUGGAUAUUUGAAGACGACAGAAUUCCUGGGAAUAUUUCGUGGAAAGUUAGAUUCAACAUCGCAAUAGGCACAGCGAGAGGAUUGAACUACUUACACGAUGACUGUGUUGAAAGGAUAAUCCACCUGGAUCUGAAGCCGGAGAACGUACUCCUCGACGAUGGUUUCCAGUCGAAGAUAGCAGACUUCGGAUUGUCCAAGCUCAUGGACAGGAAGGAAAGCCAGUUGCAGCUGACGACUACGAGAGGCACUCCUGGCUAUGUUGCACCAGAGUGUAUUCAGGAAGGAACGGUGACUGAAAAAACAGAUGUUUUCGGCUUCGGGGUUCUGCUGCUUGAGAUCAUAACAGGCUGCAAGAACAGGAACCUCUCAGGCGAUUACCUGAAGGACUACUUGUUGGUUAGUAACAGAAACGGUAGUGCCGCUGCUCACCUCUCUGAAGAAGAGAACGAAAAGGAAAGAUUGAAGAAUGUUGCGGCGAUGUGUGUUCGAGACGAUCCAAACUUACGGCCCUCGAUGAGCAAGGUUAUACAGAUGAUGGAAGGAGUUACCGAGCUCCUUGAAGUACCUUUGGAAUCGGAGCUGAACUUCUUUUUCGCUUACAGACCCAAAGAUCAGCAAAGAGCCUCGAACGUGAGUUAUCGGAGUUCUGAUAAGUUUCUGAACUCGUCUUCCUCGUUUACUGCCUUCUCACAAUCUAGCCUGAAUGCCCGAUGA